AUCUUCUCAUUGUAACCGAACCCAAAGUUACUUUACUCUUUUAUUUAACACGACAGAGGAUCCACUCCCACCGCCGACAAAUUUACAAAUGAAUACCCGUUGAGUUGUUUUUUUCAUCUAAAAACGAAGGAGCAGUGAUAGGAAGAGUCAAAAGUUGAAAGAUGAGUGUAGUGCAAGUUCUUUUGGGACUAGUUUUGGUGUUGCUGCUGCAUGUUUUCAAUGUGUUGAUAUUGAAGCCAAGAUCACUCAGAGCAAAGAUUCAGAAGCAAGGGAUUAAUGGGCCUUCACCUCACUUCUACUUUGGCAACAUCCCAGAAAUGAAGAAGCUUUUACUUCAAGCUCAGUCAACACCAACUACACAAGGCAAAGACAAAGACAAAGACAAAGACAAAGACAAAGAGAGUUCUAUUUCACACACUUGGCCUUCCAUUUUGUUCCCUUACGUUCAAAAGUGGAGAAACCUAUAUGGUCCAGUAUACUUGUUUUCUACUGGGAACAUACAGUGGUUAAUGGUGUCAGAUAUAAACAUGGUGAAGCAAAUCUUCCUAUACACCUCUUUGAAUCUAGGGAAACCUUCUUAUCUGUCCAAGGAUAUGGGGCCACUCUUAGGCCAAGGUAUAUUGUCAUCAAGUGGACCCAUUUGGGCUCAUCAGAGGCAGAUCAUUGCACCUGAACUAUACCUCGAUAAGGUGAAGGCAAUGGUUAAUCUGAUAGUUGACUCCACAAAUAUAAUGCUAAGGUCCUGGGAGACUAGACUUGAAAGUGAGGGAGUAGUUUCCGAUAUUAAAAUUGAUGAAGAUUUGCAAAGCUUGUCUGCUGACAUAAUUGCUAGAGCUUGUUUUGGUAGCAACUAUAUUGAAGGAAAAGAAAUAUUCACAAAGCUUAGAGAUCUUCAAAAACUCCUGUCCAAGAUAUUUGCUGGAAUUCCGGGCUUUCGAUACUUGCCAAACAAAAGCAACAGGCUGGUGUGGAGAUUAGAGAAAGAGAUAAACUCAAAGAUAUCAAAGCUCAUAAAACAACGCCAGGAGGAAAAUCAUGAGCAGGAUCUUUUACAGAUGAUCCUUGAGGGUGCAAAGAAUUUGGAAGGUGGUGAUGGCCCUUUAUCAAAUUCCAUUUCACGUGACAGGUUCAUGAUAGACAACUGCAAAAAUAUAUUCUUUGCUGGCCAUGAAACUACUGCAAUCACAGCAUCAUGGUGCUUGAUGCUGUUAGCUCUACACCAAGAUUGGCAGGAUCGCGCUCGUUCUGAGGUACUUGAAGUUUGUGGAAAUGGUGCUCCAGAUGCAAGCAUGCUUAGAAGCAUGAAAACGUUAACCAUGGUGAUUCAAGAGACUCUGAGGCUUUAUCCACCAUCAGCAUUUGUUGUGAGAACAGCUUUGCAUGAUAUCAAUUUAAAAGGUAUCCUAAUUCCAAAAGGAAUGAAUAUUCAGAUUCCAAUCUCAAUACUGCAGCAAGACCCUGAGUUGUGGGGGCCUGAUGCUUACAAGUUCAAUCCAGAAAGAUUUGCAAAUGGGGUGCUUGGAGCUUGCAAGAAUGCACAAGCUUAUAUACCAUUUGGAAUAGGUGCUCGUGUCUGUGUUGGACAGCAUUUAGCCAUGACAGAACUGAAGGUGAUUUUAUCUCUCAUUCUGUUGAAGUUUCGCUUCUCUCUCUCUUCAAGUUACCGCCAUUCACCUGCCUUCCGUUUGGUUAUAGUGCCUGGCCAUGGAGUUGUUCUUAAGAUGACAAGAAUUUAAGCAACAAUAUAACUGUAAUGCUUUCUCCUUGUUAUUUGGGAAGGUAUAUACAGUAAUAAGACACACUUUCCUUU